AUGAGAGGACAUGAUAUACAAUAUUUUUAAAUACUACAUCAAUAUCAAUAUGUAGAACAAAGAGUUAUUUUCUUUACAGAUCAAAAUGAAAAUAAUCCUUUCUUUUAGUUUCUACUUUAUUACAUGAAGUUAUAAUACUUUUCUGUUUAUUUUGAAAUUUAAUAAUUAUUAGAUGAUUUGCUUUUACCAAAUCAUAAGAUAGCUCCUCCUAAAUUUUUUGUAAUUGUUUAACUCAUUGUAAAAACUUAAUUUAUUACUUUCUUUGCUGUCUUACCCCAAGAUUAAUUUAAUUCAGAUGCUCCAUCUACCAGAAAAUCUUUAAGCUACAUUCUGAGUUUAAAAUUUUAUUAUCUACAAAUUUUUAUUGAAUCCAAUUCAUAAGGAAUAAUUUAUAAAUCAAGAUUUUAAUAUGUAUCAAUAUAUUAAUGCAUAUCUAUUAAAAAUCUCUUUUCAAUAAAACUAAUAGAUCUUACAGUAAUUUACCUUAAUUUUAAGAAAGCCACAACAACUUAAAUAUCUUAUUAGAAACAUAUAUUACUAAUUUAGAUUACUUAGGCAUUUUUAAAAUUAGAAUAGUAAUCUAAACUUUCUAAUUUGGAGUUUUCUUAAACACAAGAAUCGUAAAUAGUGAAUUUAAACAUUUUAAAUUUUAAACUGGAAUCCAGAUUUUUUAAAACAUUAGAAUUUUUUGAAAAAUUAUUUAAAAAAAAUAUGAUUGAAAUGGCAUAUCAAAAGAAUUCUUGA